UGCACCAAGAAGAUUAUUAAAAUGGCUAUUAAUGAGGAUUCUAAAAUAGAACUCCCACUUGGGUGGAUUUCCCUUGAGAUAGGUGAGGUGCCGAUGUAUUAUCACCCUGAGACAAAGGUGUUCUCAGUAACUGCUCCCUUUUCUCUCACCAACCUUGAGUAUACCUACAAGAUGUACUUUGAUAAACCCUUGGUAAUAAACUGUGAGAGUAUUAAAGAACAAGUAAGCGAAUUUCUAAAGGGGUCUCCCCAAUCUCCAGUCAAACGUCUCAUAUCAUCCCCUUAUAAGCGGAAAGAUAAUAAACUAGUCAAGCCUUGAGGAGACAAAGAGUGAACAGAUAAUGACCCAGACAUUGUUCAGAGAGAAAGUCUCUCCCAAUUUGCAAGAAAAGACAUUAAGCUCGAAGAUAUCAAGAUUAAAGUUAAUGACGUCGUCUCAUUAUUCAUCCAAACUUGUGAAAGCGUUCUCCAUUUUCGUCCGACAAUCGAUUUUGUAGAGCAGAAACAAAAGCAGAGAUGUAUCAUCAAGUUGAAGCAAGAGCUUAUUUGACAGGUAACCCUUGUUGGUAAGAAGAAGAGCAAGCAUAUCGCUUGAGAUAUUGCAAUGAAAUUAACCUUCCCAAUCCUCUACAAGCAAUGGCUUGACACUCAUCCAAAGAUUAAGGAAGACUUAAUUAAGAUUGCUGAUCAACAUCAAAAGGAUUAUGGGGGUCAAAAGAUUUAUAUUGGAGCAGAUACCACUGCUCUUUCAUCGGCUCCUAAAGAGAAACUUCCUCCUCAGCACCAUCAAGUUGGUCCAAGAAUUGAGAAUUCCAAGAGUAAUCAUCCUCAGAAUAUCCAGAAUCUUAAGCAAGAAAGAAGUAUUAAGCAAGAAUAUAUACCUGAAAAAGAGCAUUAUCAUUCAAAAAAACAAACUCUCCGACCUCCAGAGCCUGAGCACAUGACUCAUGAACAUAGAUACCAGAAGUCAAGACCAACUUAUGAAAAGAGAAUGCCACAUGGUUACAAAAGAAAGAGAGAAGAUGACUACAGUCGUAAAUAUAGAAAUCCUCCAUUAGCACCUGGGAUAACUUAUAGUAAUGAAAAUCCAGAUCUCCCAUUUCUGAAGGAUAAGCAACGAAUGUAUAAUUACACUUACAAUGGAGCAAAAUCUUAUCACCAAGGGUCUCAUCUCCCACAAGAAGCUAUCAAUCUUCAAUUCCAAGAUAAGAGGAUUUUUAUGUAUCCUGAAUUACUAAAGAACGAUACUCCUUUCUCAAUACUACAGAAAUUAAUAACUGAUGACAAACAGAAAGAGCCUGAUACCUACCUGAACAUAGAAGAAUCUUCUGCAGGAAAAAUUUGUAGAAUGACCUGAAAAUACAGAAGGUUCACUGUUGAUGUUGCUGAGAAGAGCUCCCAUGAUAAUAUGGCUAAAGAAUACGCUGCACAAGCUGUGCUAUAUCGUAUUUUAGCAGCCAGGCUCACCUGGCUUGAGCUUAUUGAGACAGUCCACAAGUGCUGCAAUAAUUAAUGGUGUUCAGGUAGAGUAGUAAGGGU